GGGGGAUGCAAUCUCCCAAAAGUCUUCUGGAGGAAUAAGACUUGAAUUCAGAGGUUCAGAAGCUACCUGUGAAAGCACAAAUUGGGACAUGAAGAAGAAAGUGGAAAGAGAUGGAAAUGGUUGGAUACAUUCACGAUGGAUCGAACAUCUCCAAAUGUAA